AUGUCUUCCUCGGCGAUCCCUACGAAUGAAUGGCUGGUCAUCGUUCCCGAUCACCCUAAUGCCCUUGACAAGCGACUCGCGGUCCGCCCGCAGCAUCUUUCAGCGUUGACACCCAAGAUCGAGGCGGGGAUUGUGGUCUUUGGCGGUGCGACUCUCUCGAAACACCCCGCUGAGGGAGAGACUCCGGAUAUGACUGGCAGUGCCAUGUUGAUAAAGGCAAAUACCGAGCAAGAAGUCAAGGAACUCUUGGCAAACGAUGCGUACACAAAGGGAGGAGCGUGGGAUGUGAGCAAGGCACAGAUAUUCCCGUUCAGGUGUGCCGUGCGGACGGCCAUGUGA